AGGUCUCUUAAUAUGGCCAGGACCAAGCAGACCGCCCGUAAGUCUACCGGUGGCAAAGCCCCCCGUAAGCAGCUGGCUACUAAAGCUGCCCGGAAGAGCGCACCUGCCACUGGGGGAGUGAAGAAGCCUCAUCGUUACCGACCCGGCACCGUGGCCCUGCGAGAGAUCCGCCGCUACCAGAAAUCAACUGAGCUGCUCAUCCGCAAGCUGCCCUUCCAGCGCCUGGUGCGUGAAAUCGCCCAAGAUUUCAAGACCGACUUGCGCUUCCAGAGCUCGGCCGUCAUGGCCCUGCAGGAGGCGAGCGAAGCCUAUUUGGUGGGGCUCUUUGAGGACACCAACCUGUGCGCUAUUCACGCCAAGAGAGUUACCAUCAUGCCCAAGGACAUCCAGUUAGCCCGGCGUAUCCGUGGAGAGAGGGCUUAAAGGCUGCCCUUCAGCUUCUAGUAACGAAAACUACUCCAAAUGACCCAAAGGCUCUUUUAAGAGCCACUACAUUCACACUCAAAGGAGCUGUAACCUGUUCAUAUGGUCCCUUUUUAAAGUACAAAACUUGUUUUAAAGCUUUUUUCAAGUGAAAAUUGCGGACUAAAUGUACACAAUUUAUUAGCAGGCGGUAAAUUACUAUUCCUCUAACAUUCAUUCUCCAGCUAUCUUCACCUUUUGUGAUUAAAUUCAUUAUAACGCACCUAAACAAAAGUAAUUUGCU